AUGACUCCUCCGGGUCAGUCGAGUAGUCAGCCAUUACCAUCAAAGGAGCUGGGCUUGUUUAAGAAGAUCAUUAAAUCAUACGAACAGAAGAAGUAUCGAUUCGGAUUGAAAUAUGCGAAGACUAUAUUAAGCAAUCCCAACUUCUCGGAACAUGGUGAAACACUUGCUAUGAAAGGUUUGAUCCUGAACUGCAUGGGUAAGCAGCAAGAAGCUCAGGAAUGUGUGAAGCGAGGUCUCAUGGCUGAUUUGAAAUCGUAUGUCUGCUGGCAUGUAUAUGGUCUUGUUCAACGAUCCGACAAGAAAUAUGAUGAAGCUAUCAAGGCCUACAAACGAGCUUUAUUUUUGGACAAGGACAAUAUGCAAAUCUUACGGGACCUGUCUUUAUUACAAAUUCAAAUGAGGGAUUUCGAAGGGUAUAAGGAAUCUCGUUACCAUUUGCUUCGACUGCGACCGACACAACGUGUCUCUUGGAUAGGAUAUGCAACCGCUUACCAUCUUUUGAAGGAUUAUGAAAAAGCACUGAAUAUCCUUGCAGAAUUUCUUCAGAACAAUAAACCUUCAUCAUACGAUUUCGAACAUUCCGAACUUGUUCUGUAUCAGAACAUGAUUCUAUGCGAGGCCGGUCAGUUGGAUGAAGCUCUGUCGAAGCUAGAGGAGAACGCGGCUGUAAUUGUAGAUAAAGUAACUUAUAUGGAAAGAAGAGGUGCUAUAUUAAUGGAACUACAACGAAUGGAAGAGGCAGAAAAAGUUUAUCGUCAGUUGAUCGAUCGAAAUCCUGAGAAUAUUUCUUACUAUUACAGUCUCGAAAUAUCUCCCAUAGCCGAUCGUGUUUCGAUGUAUGAUAGUCUCGCUGAGCGUCACAAAAGAGCUGCAGCACCGCGACGACAGCCGUUGUAUAUACUGGAAGGUCCAGAACUUAGUCGUCGACUUGAUGACUGGAUAGUGAAGGGAUUGAGGAAAGGCGUACCAAGUCUUUUCAAGAAUUUGAUUCCCUUAUACACCAAUCCAGCUAAGGUCAUUUUAGAGCAAUUACUUAUGGAUUAUGUAAAGAUGGUCGAAAAUAACGGUUACAGAGGAAGAUCAUUCCAUGGUGAUGAUGAUGAAAUGGAAUCUCCAACAUCGGCGCUUUGGUUAUAUCUGUUGAUUGCCCAACAUUUUGAUCGUAUAGGGAAUACUGCAAUAGCCUUGAAAUACGCCGAGUGUGCUAUUGCACACACGCCAACUCUAAUAGAGGCACUGAUGAUUAAAGCGAAGAUUCACAAGCAUGCUGGCGACUAUUGUGAAGCUGCUCGAUUAAUGGAUGAAGCUCAGUCGUUAGAUACAGCCGAUCGUUAUGUAAACAGUAAAUGCGCCAAAUAUAUGCUUCGUGCAGGGCAAAGGGAACGAGCGGAGAAAAUGUGCGCAAAAUUCACUAGGGAAGGUGACAGAGCUUCGAUAACUCUUAAUGAAAUGCAGUGUAUGUGGUAUGAACUGGAAUGUGCACGAUGUUUUGUCGCAGAAGGUCAGUAUGGAGAAGCCUUAAAAAAAGUUCAUCAAAUCGAACAGCACUUCGUAGGGAUGAUUGAGGAUCAGUACGACUUUCAUACCUAUUGCCUGAGAAAAGUGACGCUAUGUUCUUAUGUGCAGCUGCUUCGUCUUGAAGAUGUUCUGCGCACACACGAAUUUUAUUAUCAAGCUGCUAAACUCGCUGCUAAGAUUUACUUACGGAUGGUGGAUCGCCCACAAGAUUUCUCGGGUUCUACUGCCACUGCUGACGGGCUUACAACGAUAGAAAUGAAAAAAUUGAAGAAGCAGCAAAAGAAACAGGCUAAAGAACAGGAGCAGAAGAAGAAUACUGGCAAGAAGGAAGAAUAUACUAAUCCUGCCAUGCAGUUCGAUGCUGAUGCUUUGCUGAAAACGGAUAAACCUUUGGACGAUGCUGCGAAGUUCGUUCAGCAUUUACACAUGCUUGGAAGCAAGCAUGUUACCGCUUACAACAUUGGAUUUGAAGUUUAUUUGAGAAAGGUUUUUUUUUUUACGAAAUCGUUUUUUUUAUUUUUAGGUCAAAUAACGAGGAACGUUCAUACGUAUUUUCAUCACUAUAAUCUGCGUUUUAAAUUUGUUAAGUGUGAAUUUUCUUCUCAGCUUUUCUCUAUAGUGGAUCCUUUCAUUUUGAAUGAAGACUUCAAAAACAGAAACAUUAACAAUCUACCUCAUCGUUUGGCUGGUACGUUAUUUUUAGUGAUCGAAUCUACAACGAAGAAUUGGCUAGUAAAGUCGCUGGAAGACGAAAAACUGACUGGCCGAACAUUGAAAACAAUUGCACAUCUUUAUGAUGGGAUAAAGUAUGGAAGAUUUGGAAUUUGGAGCAAAGAUGAGGUAGCACUUUUCACCUCCGUGCUUUUUGUUAAUGCAAAGACGUCGUGA